GGUGCUCUGUGUCCCUCGGACACAGCGGAUCACCGAUCACGGAAAGAGCCGAAGAUGUCGGCUUGGUCAUGUGAUCAGCUGUAUCCAAUCACAGCUGAUCACAUCGGAGGGGACAUGUACACUGAUCAUCAGGGCACUGAUGAUCAGUGUGGCCCCAGAAGUGCCACCUGUCAGUGUCCAUCAGUGCCAGCUGUCAGUGCUGAACAGUGCCACGUGCCAGUGCCCAUCAGUGCCACAUCAAUGCCACAUAUCAGUACCUACCAGUGCACAUCAAUGCCACAUAUCAGUGCCCAUCUGAGCUGCCCUUCAGUGUCACCCAUCAGUGCCAGUCAGUGCCACCUAUCAGUGCCAGCCAGUGCCGCCUAUCAGUGCCAGUCAGUGCCGCCUAUCAGUGCGCGUCAGUGCCACCUAACCCUGCUAGUCAGUGCCACCUAACAGUGCCAGUCAGUGCAACCUAACAGUGCCAGUCAGUGCCGCCUAUCAGUGCCAUAUAUCAGUG